CUAUAACUUCUCUCUCUCUCCUCUUCAUCUCCUCACAUUCAUCAAUGGCGUCCACUCAAUUCCUCCUCCUCCUCUCUCUCUCCUUAUCUCUCACCAUCGCCGUCACCGUCGCCGGCGCUCAUAACAUCACCGCCAUUCUCGAUUCCUUCCCGGAAUACAGCAAUUUCAACUCAUACCUAUCUCAAACCAAACUCAACGACGAAAUCAACAGCAGAGAAACAAUCACAGUUCUAACACUCAACAAUGCCGCAAUGCAAACCCUAGCCGGUAAACAUCCUCUCUCAGUAAUCAAAAAUCUCCUCAGUCUUCACAUCCUUCUCGAUUACUACGACGCCAAAAAACUUCACAAAAUCCCCGACGGAACCGUCUCCGCCACCACUCUUUACCAAACCACCGGAAACUCACCUGGAAACGUCGGAUUCGUUAACAUUACUGAUUUAAGAGGCGGUAGAGUCGGUUUUGGUUCAUCUGAAGGAUCUAAACUUGAUUCAUCUUAUACUAAAGAAGUUAAAACCAUUCCUUACACUCUCGCUGUUAUCGAAAUCAGUUCUCCGAUCAUCGCUGGUUCGUUGGUGGCGCCAUCCGGCGCCACCAACAUCACCGGUUUACUUGAAGCUGGUGGAUGUAAGAUGUUUGCGGAUCUGAUUUCAUCUACCGGAGUUUUGAAAGUUUUUGAAUCGGCGGCGAAGAAUGGAUUGACGAUAUUUGCUCCUAAUGAUAAGGCGUUUACAGAUCCAGAUGUUCCUGAUUUCACUAAACUUACGAAUGCUGAACAGGUUUCAUUGUUACAAUAUCAUGCCCUAGCUAAUUACAUGCCGUAUGGAUCAUUGAAGACGAUGAAGGAUUCGAUUAACACUUUAGCGACUAGCGGUGUUGAGAAAUAUUCAGUAACCGCUACUACUUCCGGCGAUGAAGUUACACUUCAUAGUGAUGGGAAGAGUAAAUCUAGGGUUGCGAAAACAUUGAGAGAUGAACCGCCGCUUGUUAUUUUUACGAUUGAUAGUUUACUUCUUCCGAUUGAAUUAUUUGGUAAGGCUCCGAGUCCGGCGCCGGGGAUGGAACCUGUGAUUUCGCCUUCACCGGCGCCGGCGAAUAAAGCUCCUAGUCCGGGGCCAUCUGCGGAUGUUCCUAUUCUUUCUCCUCCGGCGCCGCCGGCUGCUUCUCCGGGGGGAGAUGUGCCGACGGAAGCGCCUGGUGGAUCGGCGAGUAGUACGUCGGAUAAGGCUGGUGGUUGGGAGGUUCGGCCGGAGAAGAUGAUGACGGUUGGGACGGUUGUGGUUUCUGUUAUUUUUGGGGUUUUGUUGUGGUAGAUUUGUGAAUUAUUUGUAGUUUUUACUUUUUAUGUAAUUUAUUUUAGUUUGGUUGAGUGUGAGUUUAUUUCGGAUGUUUUUUUUUUCUUAAUUUUAUUUUGUUUCUUUUAUUGGUUCCCUUAUGUUUUUAUAUAAAUAAUAUUUAUUUUAUCAUAUCUUUGUUUCUCAUUAUUAAUAAAUUCAUAUAUUAUUUG